AAAUAUUUCGCGCAGUGUAAACUGAAUUUAAUUUUUGGCGCAGUGCUGAAGACUGAAGAAACUCAAUGCAUAAAAACUUACAGCAACGUUAUCUGGCAACGCUGAGAAAAUGUGCCACACCAAUGCCCACUUUUGUAGCACAAACCGUGACAACACAACCGCAACGGCAACAACAAGUAGUGAAAAAACACCAACAAGAAAUACAAACGCGAUCAUACGCCGUUAGCUCACCAAAGCGUUGUGCCUUGCCGCGCAAUUUCGGGCAAUGUUUUGAUUGCUUUCACGUGGCAGGUGUGACAAGCGUCGCCUUCUACAGUUCAAGGUCGCAUGGCACAAGCGCAACAACAGCAGCAGCAUCGCCGCAAACAACAACGAAAACACCAGUUACGACAGUAACAGUAACAGCCGCUGUUGACGGCAUGACGGCCAGUGCAGAUAUGGCAGAUUUUCUCAUUACAAAUACAACAAAAAUAACAAGUGCUAACCAGCAAACACGCGGCGCGGAGAACUCCAAAACCGGUUAUCAAAAUCCAUCAUCUAAUUCCCUCUCAACCUUAUCCAACAAAUCAUGCCAACAGUGCGCUUCGUACGUGGACGCAGCUACGAUCGUGAACGAACUGCGGGUUUUGGAAACUGCCUCUGAAACGACGCCAUGCACGCCGACGCUGCAGCAAUUCGCCGUAGAACUGCACACCGAUUUGGGUCCUAGCGAGCGCGUCGGUCUCACCGGUGACGUCAAGGCUUUGGGUGAAUGGCGUUUGGAGCGGGCCAUUGCAUUGGAACCACAACAGGGCGAACGCAGAUGGCAAGCCAAUGUGCUGUUGCAAACUUGCCGUAACAUAAGUUACCGCUAUUUCAUCUAUGUGGAGGACAAGCAAGGUCGCAAGCAGAUACGUCGCUGGGAGACCCGUCUACAACCUCGUGUGCUCAAGCCCGCUGGCGCUGAGUCGGCUAAUAGCGAGACGCGCAUUGAUCGCUUCGGUGAUGCCGAUGGCAGUGGUGAGACACAAGUGAAUCGUGGCUGGUUGACCAAUGAUUGUAUAGUGCAGUUGAAGUUCGAACGCGAACAAAUGUUCCAGGUGCUUGAUAUUGAGAAAUUUGACCCGGCCGAUGAAGUGUUGGUGAAGAUUUUGCCAUUGAAUGAGGAGGGCGAACCGACCGAGGCGGGCGUACAUGUUGAGGUGGCGAAAUUGAAGUAUGCGCAGAGUCAUUUGCAGCCCCAGCAAGCUUUCGGCAUUGCUUAUGAGCAAGGCGACAUUGUUGUAUUUCAUAUUACAGCGCCAGUCCUUUACAGACAGCGUUCGCAAUUAUUUUCCACACACCCGAUCAGCGUCCAGUCGGCAAGGCUGUUAUUACAGCCGCAGCUGGAGGGUAGCGAGGGUGUGCUGGAAUUGUCCAUCACCGAGCCGGUGCCUGAGGCUACCACCGUUAUUGCGCGUCUAACACUACCGUACCUGAUUGUGAAGCCGUUCGCCGACAAGACGCUUGACUUCCGCACCACAUACGCGCACUACUGGCCCAGGAGCUGGCCGAACUUGAAUGUGGGUCAUCGCGGCAAUGGACGCAGCUACAUUGCUGAUCCGCCAGCCGAACGCGAGAACACGAUCGCUUCGUUUAUGCGCGCUUAUGAAAAAUUCGCUGACAUGAUUGAAUUGGAUGUGCAUUUAACGGCCGAUGGUGUGCCUGUCAUCUACCACGAUUUUGGCAUGCGCACAGCACCACAGGGUAAAAAUAUCACUAAGGCUGAGCAGCUGCAGUAUGUGCUCAUCAAAGAUAUAAAUUACGAGAAAUUGAAGCAGUUGCGCGUGUUCGCUAUUAUCAACGGCAAGCCAGUCGAGUUUCCAUCGCACAAUGCAGAGCCCCGUGUGGAGCAUCGUAUUUUCCCCACGCUAGUCGAUGUACUCGAGGGUUUGCCCAAGUCGUUGGGCAUCGAUGUGGAGAUCAAGUGGCCACAGCGUCGUGCCAGCGGCGCGCCCGAAGCGCAUCAGACCAUCGAUAAGAAUUUCUUUACUGAUCGUGUGCUAGCGACCGUCAUCAACCAUGGCUGUGGACGUCCGCUGCUGUUCUCCAGCUUCGAUGCGGACAUAUGUACAAUGUUACGCUUCAAGCAAAAUCUUUUCCCUGUGAUGUUCUUGACACAAGGUCAAACCAAGAAAUGGUCGCCUUUCAUGGACUUGCGUACACGCACUGUCGAACAGGCUAUCAAUAAUGCACAAGCCUUCGAGUUGGCUGGCACGGCGCCACAUGCUGAGGACCUGCUGAGCGAAGAGGGCGCGCAGCUUUUGCAGAAAGCGCGCGACUUGGGACAGAUCUCACUGGUCUGGGGUGACGAUUGCAACUCCAAGGAACGCGUGCAGUACUUUGUGGAAAUUGGUGCGACUGCCACAUGCUACGAUCGCACAGAUCUAUACAUACCGGAAGGCAAGGAGCGCGCAUUCUUCAAUUCGUCCAGUCUCCUAGCAGAGUUCGAGGAGCAGUGCCUGCGCUAAGCGGGUCUGCAGUCGAUAGCGGGAGCAGCAAAGUGAUAACAGGGUUGAAAUAACACUCUGAAGGGAGGGUAAUUUAUAAGUGAUCGUGAUCGGCUUGUCGAUCCGAGCAAAUGGCGGGAAGUAUAUGCCGAGUUUUAUACGGGGGCGAUUUGAGUAACGGCAUUAUUCACUUUCAGUAGACUUAACUAUAUUUUUUUAUAAAAGAUAUUCACAAAAACACCAUAUAAAAAUAGAAAACAAAAUCUUCAAGUAGUCGCAA